AUGGUGCCGGCAGAUGAUUGCCCAGGCAAGCAACCCUCCGAGAAGAAGUUAAAGUUCACUCGGGAGCCCAUUGCCUUCAAUGAUGACGAUCUAGAAGAAAUGAUUCAAUUGCACGACGAUACUUUGGUGGUUACAACCCAAGUAAAUGGUUUUAUAGUGAACAGAGUAAUGAUAGAUCGAGAGAGUAGUGCUAAAGUGAUGUACCCCGACUUGUUCAAAGGGCUUGACCUAAACAAUGAAGAUCUCUCCAAGUACGAUACGCCCCUGGUGGGGUUUAAUGGCCAAAUGGUGAUCCCGGAGGGGCAGAUUUUGCUUCCCAUGAAUAUGGAAGGUAAGGAAGUGAUGGUGACAUUUAUAGUGGUCGCUUCGUUUUCUCCGUAUACAACAAUCCUUCGAAGGCCGUGGAUUCAUGCAAUGGGGGUAGUUUCGUCCACCCUGCAUGUGAAGGUCAAAUUUUGCACCGAGUUAGGCAUCGCUAUAGUGAGGGGAAACCAACAAGUGGCUAGGCAGUGCUUGGUGGCCACUGUUAACCAGGAGAUCAAACAGAAGGAACCGGCCAAGAAGGUUCCCUUAUAG